AUGGCCCAUACGAAAGCUGCCAACAAGAUAUUUCCAAUCGCAACCUUUCUUUCAGACCUACCGACCAAUCUUAUUCCGCAGUUCCCCUUAUCAUCUUCCGAAAAUGGCCCUGCCAGUGGACGCUUGGUCAUUGUAGGCGACGUACAUGGGAUGAGAAAGUCCCUGGAGGCACUCCUAGACAAAGUUGGCUUCGACAAACGCAAUGGAGAUCAUCUUAUACUAGCUGGCGACCUAGUCAAUAAAGGACCCGAUAGCCCUGGUGUUGUUGAUCUGGCUAUUAAGCUAGGCGCCAGCGCAGUGAGAGGCAACCACGACAAUGCAGUUCUUAAUGCGGCCGCGGAGAUCAACACCACAAGGGCUAGUCUCCUACAUUCUGGAGGCUUGGAUGGCAGUCCGGCCGUACCUGAGAACCCUGAAGCCGACCCGCCGGGGGAUACUGUCCAAGAGAUUCCUGACAAAUGCGUCUCUGCUACAACUGGCAGUAGUAUGGCACAUAGCGCCACAACACAUAGUACGGCACUAGCACUUUCGACGCGCCAGCUCGACUGGCUUGCCGCUUUGCCUUUGAUCUUGCGCAUCAAAAUACCUGACAACCUAACAUCCUCCUUCGGCGACACACUAGUUGUCGUACAUGCGGGCCUCGUUCCUGGUACCCCACUCGAAGAGCAAGAUCCAUAUGCUGUAAUGCAUAUGCGGAGCCUCGCACGCAAACUGGGCGAUGAGGAAGGCUACAUACCGGCUGAAACUCCCGGAGAAGAAGGCUGGGUUAUGGAAUGGGACCGGUGGCAAGAUUGGCUAGCAUCCAAGACUACGGUGAUAUUCGGGCACGAUGCAAAGCGUCGUUUGCAGUUGGGCAGGUAUACAAUUGGUCUGGAUUCCGCGUGUUUAUACGGCCAUAGGUUAAGCGCGGUUGUGAUUGCGGCUCCCCAUGGGGAAAUUGAGCAUCAGGUUAUUCAAGUCGAAUGCAAUGAUGCGCCUAUGGUCCCACCAAUAUCGGUGGAAGAAGGCGACAAGACAGUGGUUGUAUAA